AUGAAACAUGAUCUGAACAAUCUUCCUUCAAACUUCUUCGGCGCGAACACAUCUCGUGCGAAUUAUGUGGGUGGAAAAAGAUUUCGUAAUACAUUUCAUGUAAUCCAAUCCACUCCUGGUGGUCCGCAAAAUGUGUUGAACACAGAUGUAGUUAUUGUGAUGACCAUUGGUGACGUAAAUGAAAAAUUUGAAGGUCAUGAAGCUGUGCGAUUUGGAUUUUGCUUAAGCUUCAUCCACGAGAUGAUCUCAGGGAAAACUUUCAAUUUUUAA